UAGCAGGAAAAGGUAGAUUACACUUCCGAGUCAAGGAAAGUAAAGCGCGACUCCACGUGAAUCGCCAAAGUAAGUAAAUCACUCCUCAUAUAGUUGCAUUCUAAUAAUGGAAAAGUUUGCAUAAAUAGUAAGGAAGAUAACUCGCACAGUACUACCUUUCUUAUUGAUGUGUUAAAGAAGAUUUAACGUUGGCUUCUUGCAAUAAAAUGUAGCAUGCGUUAGCUAUAGCCAACAUGCCGGUCGGGACACAAGGGAUAUCAUUUGAAAUAUUAGGCUUCAUGUUAGUCUCGUAUUGUUCUUACUAAUAGGCAUACGUGAUAAGACUUGGAUGAGAAAUGUAUUUAGGCUACCAGACUUUCUCCCUGGGCGUCACUGGUCUUAUGGUUGAUGUCUAUGACAAUAACAACACCACUAAUGCGUGCACCAUUUGUUAUUGAAAACAUAAUUUGGCCUUAAAUUUUGUUGUGAAUGUAUACAUUGUGUCUGGAUUACGUUUAUUUAAUAUCAGACGGAUUCGGCCGAGGAAGUGAUCUUCGUUUUAGAAAAACCUGCACGUAGGGCCAAUGAGAUUAUCAUCAACAAGGAUAAUCGACUGGCCCUCCAGAGAGACAUUGACCAGGAAUCACAGCCCAGAGAACCGAAAAGACUUUUGUUAGCACAGGGGAUGGUAACCCUAGACAUGGUGAAAGGCGACAUGGCAGAAGCGGAUGAACGACGUGAAAAAGAGACGCUGGCGAAGGAGAAGAAACAGAAAGGUCGGAAAAACAAAGAUGCAGCCUACUGUGAGGACGAUAAGAGCUUCAAGACGGCUAAGAAAAAGAAGGAUGAGGUAACCAAGGAAGGUUCUCUAAACACAGAGAAGAAGAAGACGAUGAAGAAGAAAAGGGAGCUUGAAGACCAGGAAGAACCUUCUGGAAAGAAAAAGAAGGAUGAGGUAACCAAGGAAGGUUCUCUAAACACAGAGAAGAAGAAGACGAUGAAGAAGAAAAGGGAGCUUGAAGACCAGGAAGAACCUUCUGGAAAGAAACAGAAGAAGCUCAAGAAAACCAACCACAAAUCGGUUCAGUCCAAAUCAGAGGAAGAAGAAGUGUUGGCUACGAAAAAGAUCAAGUCUAAAAAGGUCAAGGCCCAGAAUCCAAGUGAGGUGAUAAAUAUAGACGAAAGUGAGGAGGAGGAGGUCGUUGUGAUGAAGAAGACGACAAAGAAGAAGACGACGGGAUCUAAAACAUCUGUGACCAAGACGAUAGCCAGUGAGGAAGAAUCCCAGGGGGUCGAUCAGAAGGCCAAGAAGAGUAGAGCGCAUUUAGAAAUGGGCAAGGACACGCUCGAAACUGUCCAGAAGAAGAAAGGAAAGCAGGAGGAAACCAAGCCUAUCAAAGGGAAGAAAGGGUCCAGUCGUGUUGUGGUCGUGGAGGAAGAUGGUCCAAAGCCAAAGAAGAAACAGGAAAUAAAGGGGGGGAAAAGAGAGGUUUCCCUGAAGGUCGAGGUCGCCCAGGAGGUGAGCGUCGUCGACGAUAAGCAGCAGAAGAGUAAAAAAAAGAAAAAUGCUAAGGUAGACAAACAGACAGCCGUCAAGGAUAUGGCACAGAAUACGGAGACGUUUGUCUUUGUGGCCUCUGACUCGAAGGGCAAAGUAAAAGGGGGUAUGAAGGGAGCUCCAGAAGAAAUCAAAACGAAGGCAAAGAAGGAGGAGGUAGAAGUCAGUGUGGACAAGGAGGAGAAGAAGAAGAAGAGGAGAAAGAAGAUCAAAUUGGAGGAGGAGGCCCCUCAGCCACCCCCAGAGGCGACCCCCCACAAGGAUGUGGUGUUCUUGUCGGAAAAAACUGGAAACAGGGACGAGGUGACCAUUAAUCAGGAAAGAAGACUGGCUCUACAGAUGGACAUCGACAAAGAAUCCCAUCCCCCAACGAAACCUUUGGGCUUUGGCCAGUGGGGAACGGCUCAGUUCGAGAGCACUGACAAACAGCAGAAGUUUCUGCGGUUGAUGGGCGGUUUCAAGAAGGAGGGCAACAAUGCUAGUCCCAGCGGGCCCUGCAGUGCGCGGUCCAACAUGGCCCUGGCUGGGGAGAAGCAGCAGGAUUUGCAGCAGGCCCUUCUGGGGGAGUUUGAGCGUGCGCAGUCGAGACGAGUGGAUUUUAGCAGCAGAGGUGCAGGACUCGGUUUUUCUUCCGCGCCACCCAGCAAGAAGUUUUCCAUAGACGCCAAUGCAAGUCGAUCGGUCCGCUUCGACGAUUGACGCAAUAAAAUCGACUGUAGUUGUGGUUCCAGGGACAUCAGGUGUAUGUUGUUUUUUUUAUCUUUUUGUUUUGGUCAACAUAUUUAUACUUGGAGCUCCAUAGGAUGUUAUUGAGAUAAUGCAGGAGGAAUUAUAUGAUUGACAUAUUAUGCAAGGAGAACUCUACAGGUCCGCUGUAAAAUCCCAGAUCCUUAAAUAAGAAAUAUAGCCUGGACAAACAAGUUGUCUUUUUAGGGUCUAGUGGUUUUAAAUUGUCUGUUUUUAGGAUAAAUGUCUAUUUGGCCGUCCACUCAGAUUGAGUGCAAGAAAUGCCUGAUGUACAUACCUUGUAUCCAUUAGGCAUGUGAUUCAAAGUUAAACAGAUCAUUUCUUCAUUACCCUGACUUGAAUAUCACAUUGUAUUUUUUUGGAAAUUGUUGACGCAAUAAACUUUGCAAAAACGUUAACAUGCAAAUCUCUCCUUAAGCUCAUGAAUUUUCUGAUUUAUAUGUACGGAAGAGUUGCCCUUCAACUAGGUCCGGAGGCUAAACAAAUCAAACACUUAUCAUAGGA